UUUGUGAGCGCAUUCGUCCUAGCCGCACUUGUCACAUAUUCACACAAUACGUUCCACGUUAUCGGCUAUCAAAAUAUCUGAUCUACUCUUUCGGCAGCUAUCAAACUGGUCAAUUAUGAUCGUUGGGACCACCACUUCGAGGCUCACUCUCUUUGUCCAAAACUGUGGAGAUAAAGAACCCGUCUCAUUCACGCAGAAUAUAUCAGUCGAAUCACUCAUUCAGCUCAGGCCCCGAGACGCUACAUUCCUCAAGAAAAUGAUCCAGACUUUAAAAGAUACAUAAACGUGGAAACCGAAAAUGGGGAACUAAAGAUGAUUGAUUUGAGGGAAGGAGGAACAGUCACACCUAGAGUCGGAGUAUCAGACGUUGAAUACGAUCUCUAUACCCGAAGCAACCAAGAUUCUCCUUUCACCAUCACCAACAACGAUAUAAACUCCCUGAGCAGCUCAAACUUUGAUCCAAAGAAAGUCAGCAUUUUCGUUUCCCACGGCUGGAACAACAAUCGCGGCUCUUCAGUCAACACUUUGAUCAAAGAGGCAAUUUUUGGUAACUACGACAUUAACUUGUUCAUAGUCGACUGGAGCGGUCCUGCUAACGAAUUCUAUCUAACUGCCAAAAGCUCCGUUGUUCCCGUUGGUGAAAUCAUUGGUCAGUUUAUCAAUUCCAUUCAAGACACGUACGGUCUCGACGGCUCGUCUUUCGUCUUGAUUGGUCACAGUCUAGGUGCUCACGUCGCUGGGAGUGCAGGAGCUACGGUCACCAAGAAGGUGGCUAACAUCAUUGGUUUGGAUCCCGCAGGACCUUUGUUCACUUUGGACCAUCCAGAGGAACGUUUGGACGUUUCAGAUGCUCAGUUCGUGGAAGUGGUUCAUACCGAUGGGAACCUGCUCGGGUUUGCUAGCUCGAUCGGGGACGUCGACUACUUUCCCAACGGCGGAAUGUCACAACCUGGUUGCGGUAUUGAUCUGGCUGGAACUUGUGCCCAUGGUAAAGCUUACAGAUACAUGGCCGAAGCACUGACCAGAGGGCCCGUCUUCAAAGCUCACUUGUGCUCCGACUGGACACAAUUUCAGGCCGGCAGUUGCAACAAUAACCAACUGGGUGUGAUGGGCGAAGUUCAGAUCACUACAACCACCCUGGGUGACUACUUCUUGGAAACAAACGCAGAUGAACCGUUUGGACAGUCGUAAAAAGGUUUCCGUAGUCGCAAAAACUGUAGAUGAUUUAUUGUAUUUGUUAAAAAAUACACGUAUAUAUUUAUAGA